AUGGUGGCGUGCGAGUUUGGGGAGGACGACUGUGGUGAGCUCCUCAAGCUGUACAGGCGGGGUGAGAAGCUGGGAUCUGGCGGCGAAGGGCAGGUCUAUUUGUUGAGUGCUCGUCGCAGGGCUGGCAAGAAGUAUGCGGGGAAAUCAGUUAAAUCGAUGUGGAAUGCCGAGAACGAAGCUCGACUCAUGUCCAAGCUUCGAGUCUGCCCUGGAGUCGUCGCCUUUGAGGAUUUCGUGAGGGAGAGAGAAGGUGGGAGGUGCUAUGGGACUAUCGUUAUGGAACUUUGCGGCCCUAGCUUGGCAGAGCGAUUGAUCCAGGGCGGGGCAGUGACUGAGGAAGAAGCAGCCAAGACUAUUAAAACGCUAGCAGAGACACUCAAGUGGAUGCACUCAAGAGGGGUCGUCCACCGCGAUCUCAAGCCUCACAACAUCUUUGAGAGGCUCAACGCCACUGCAGUGGACGAAGUGGUGAUUGGAGAUUUUGGCAUGGCCACGGACAAGCAGUGGGAUUAG